AUGGGACUGGGCGUCACGGGUCUCUGGCUGUUGGCUGGACUGUUGGCCGGUGCCGCGGUUGCGAGACAUACCGAUCCCAAGGGCGCUACCUACGAUCAGAGGCAGGAGGGCAAAGUCAACGUUCAAAUCGACGUCAAGGACGUCCACAUCCUGGCCCUCGUUGACUCCGACAUGCUCGAGGAUUACACGAACUACGACUACGCGUACGAUUACGCGGACUUUACGAUAAAGCCGAGGCCGACGCCGAGCAGGCCAACCACCGCGAGUGCGAGCACCACGGAAUCGGAGGAUGAGUCCCUCCAGAUGACGACGGUCGCUUCCACCCAGGUGACCGAUCGUAAUUUAACGAGUCUCGGCGAGAUCGGCAACGGUACGACCACGGAAUCGGCGACGAGUACCGCUGCUCCUUUGGAGAUCGGUACGGUGGCGCUGACGAAUAAACACCGGGCCGAGGAUGCGGCAACGAGCGAUCGUGUCGAGGGUAACAAGAAACCGAUUUCCGUGUCCCAGCCAAGGCAUCGGUGUCCCUAUGGCUUUGUCCUCAAGUCCGGGAAGUGCUUCAAGCGACGGAUGGCUCUGCCGCGACUAGCCCUGAUGAAAUUGGCGCCAGCGCUGUUGAAAAAAACGCAGAUCGGAUCCGCAUCCUAA